CAACACAUACGACGAUAUAUCUUUCUGUGCAGUGUGUAGUAGUGUAGACCUAGCAGGAUCUUGUCUAGACCAUUUGUUUAUUGUCAUUAUAACUAGAGUUAAAAUAAACGUGCUGCUAUCAUGAACAGUUCUAUCUUGUCACGUAAAGUAGCUCUCAUUACAGGGAUUACAGGGCAGGAUGGUUCUUAUCUUGCUGAAUUACUUCUAAAUAAGGGUUACGAGGUCCACGGCAUCAUUCGGAGAGCGUCCACGUUCAACACACACAGGAUAGAGCACCUGUAUGCUGACCCACAGGCACAUAAGGAAGGAAGUGAGAAAUCACAACGGGGAGGUAUGCACCUACACUAUGGUGACAUGACUGACAGUACCUGCCUGGUCAAAAUUAUCAGUGAGGUCCAGCCCUCAGAGAUCUACAAUCUUGCUGCCCAGAGUCAUGUUAAGGUAUCAUUUGAGCUUGCAGAGUACACAGCGGAUGUGGAUGCUGUUGGUACACUCAGGUUACUGGAUGCUAUCCGCACAUGUCACCUGACCAAUAAAGUUAGAUUCUACCAGGCCUCAACCAGUGAGCUGUAUGGAUUGGUUAGGGAGACACCACAGUCUGAAACCACGCCUUUCUACCCCAGAUCUCCUUAUGGUGUAGCCAAACUGUAUGCCUACUGGAUGGUCAUCAACUACAGAGAAGCCUACAAUAUGUUUGCUGUCAAUGGAAUCCUGUUCAACCAUGAGAGUCCUAGAAGAGGUGAGACUUUUGUAACUCGCAAGAUCACGAGAGCUGUGGCCAAAAUAAUUUUAGGACAGCAGAAAGAUCUAGAGCUUGGUAACCUGAAUGCCAAGAGAGAUUGGGGACAUGCUAAAGACUAUGUUGAAGCGAUGUGGCUGAUGCUCCAGGCUGAAGUACCAGAGGACUUUGUUGUAGCAACUGGUGAAACACACAGUGUCAGGGAAUUUGUUGAGAAGGCUUUCAAAUAUGUUGGGAUAACAAUUGAAUGGGAAGGUUCUGGUGUGAAUGAAGUGGGUAAAGACAAAGCCACAGGCAAUAUAUUAGUGAAGAUCAACCCUAAGUUCUACAGACCAACUGAAGUUGAAUUACUUUUAGGUAACCCAAAGAAAGCCCAUGAUAAACUCAAGUGGGAGAAGAAAUAUGACUUUGAUGCUUUAGUUAAAGAAAUGAUGGAUUCCGAUAUGAAAUUAAUGAAACAGAACCCAAUAGCAUAAAGUUGUGAUAGUGUGCAAAAAGAACCAUAUUGUUCCAAAAUAUGACCAACUUUGUUAUGAGAUAGUGAUAAGAACUAUUCAUUUAACUAUGGAGAUUGCAACUUUGCCUCAAUAUGAGCUCUUUACAUUACAAAAUGUAACAUAGGAAAGAAUGGAGAAAAAACCUUGUUGUGUUUAAAGUAGUGUAAAGAAAUUAUGUUACAAUAUUAUUACUCCAUAAUUUUUUUUUUUGCUGAUUGACAAAGUAUUUUGCAAUAACUGUAACUUAUUAAAGUUAUAUAAUGAACUUAAUGUAAAAUAAAGAAAAAAAGACAAUAUUUUCAUAUAUUACUUAAUACAUGGAAAAUUAUACACAUUUGUUCAUCUAUCAACUUUUAAAAAAUGUUCCUUUUAUUACAUUUUCCUAAAGAUUCCAUCGCUACUUUAUAUAAAAGGAAAUUAACUGAAUCUCAGUUAUUCAUAACUAUUCAUAAUUGAGUUAAUCCUUUAUAUGCUUUAUUUUUAAUAGGUUUUUGUACAUAUGUGGGUAUCCUACUAUAGUCCUCUUUUUAAUCCUAUUAACUUACUUAACAAGCCAUGUUUAAAUGUUACAAAACUGUGAUUUCAUUCUUGAAAUAUGUUCUUAAUUGUAUUUCAUUUGUUUUAUUUGAAAUUAAGUAGCAACAAUCAUUUUUUUUUUAAAUUUCUGAUAAGCUAACUUUACAAUUGUUUAAGUUCAAGGAGUUAUUUAAAAUUUUUGAAUAAUUGGCAUAGAGGAAUUAUAAAUAUUUAUAAUAAGAUGUAUAUCAGUAAACAAAGGUAGCAGUUGUUGAAUGCAUUAGUCUUGCUUCACAAUAAAGGUUAGGAGCAAGUUGAUAUUGAUUGUUACCAACAAAUAGAGUAGCUUCCCUUGUUUAAAAUAAUUUAAUUUUGAGAUCUCUCUCAGAAUGUUCUUAGCAAAUAAAUUUAAAAAAUUUUUUUAUUGUCAAACAUUUACUCUUCUGAUCACAGUUGUAAUAUGUGAUCAACAUACUAUAAAUGGAUUUGUUUUUAUAAUGCUUGGUACCUUUUUUAAUUUUGCAUCAACAGUUACUGAAAAGCUGUAAUAGAUUGUUGUUGUUGGGUAAAAGAUCAAAGUGCAUUCUUUUGUUUAUAAUUUAAAGUUUUAAAUUAU